CGAAAGUUGGUUACGACUGAUCUCCUGUCAGCGGCCUCAGACUGGAAACUUCUUGUCGACUCAGUUAGUGCAAAGAUUUCUUUCCCUAGCUGUGUUGCACUUACCACCCUAAGACCAGAUAUAGUUCUGUACUCUACGAGUCGUAGGAUUGUAUUCUGGAUGGAGUUGACAGUUUGUGCUGAGGACAGAUUCAGUGUCAGUAACUCGCGGAAGGACAGGCGGUAUGCGGAUCUGGCCGAUCAAUGCCGAGCAAACGGGUGGCAGGUCGUUUCUUUUUCGGUUGAGUAAGACGUCUCUGCGAAGCAGCUACAUCAUCUGGUUGCGGCGUCAACAAAAACACUGGUCGGAAGAUCCACUUUUCUGAGAUACGGACGCAGCGAAGCUCUCUCCUGCGCCCGCAUGCGCCGAGAUCCCACUGCUGUCAACGGAUGACACUGCAGCCCAGUCGCCAGCGACGGCGGCAGCUGCUGCUGCUGCUUCGUCAGGAGAUGGGAACAGCUCACAAGGCGGCAAGCCACCUCCAUCACCGCCGUCCUGCCUGCUCUCGGACAUGGCCUGUCUCAGCUCGUAUGAGAUUGAUGGCUUGCGACGGAUGCUGGCCGAGCUGAACGUUUCCACGACGAUGGUGAGAGUGUGUCCCGAGGAGCUGGGGGAUCCUGGGGAGCUCAUGUCGACCGUGGAGUUUGAAAGCCGGUUUCGCGAGGACAAGGCCACUGGACAUUUUAUGCUCAUACCGGGAAUACAAUCUGAGAAUCUGCGUGUGUCGCCCGCACCAAUACCUGGCAACAUUGUGGAAAUAGUUGCAGUUGAAACAGAGAUUGUAUGCAAGUCCUCAGCUGCUACUGCAUCUCCAAGAAAGACAGCAGGUAUAUCAUCUCGUGACGACCACAUUGAAGUCUGAAUUUGAAGUGCGAAGAUGCUUCAGCAACCACAUCGUACUUUUCCAUUGCUUUCAUUGUGCUUCUGCUGUGCAUGUGUGUAACUUGUGGGGUAUACAUGUGAUGACAUUGUAUGCUGGCGACACGGUCAGAUUUUGUCCAUGCGUGUAACGUACACCUGCAUGUUAUGCAUCGAAAAGGAUCUGCCACUUGCGAUCCUGGGACAAGUAUCAGGUCAGCUUUGUCUUGUGUGGGCUGUACCAGAUUGCUGUUCACUUUUCUAUCUGUUGGAUAUGUGACUUUCUGCAAGUCUCUGGUGUAUGGUGGCCACUUCUUUGCUUGUCACUUUGUAUGAUAUUACAUUCUGUAUUCGCUGCUUUCAUGGCGUGGUCUGCAAACUGCAAUCCUUGGGCAAAUGUCAUGUUUGCUAUAAUGUGCUUUGGCCGUCAGCUUGUCUACACGUUGUAGUUGAAUUAUUUUGUUCCACAACUGACUUCCUGAAGUACGGUGGCCACUGCUUUGCAUGGCAUUUUA